UUGUCCUGUUUUAUCCUGCAAUUUGGGUGAAUCUCAAGCAAUAAUAUCUAUUUAUAGUGAGAUUUUUUGUUUAUAAACAGCAAAUAAACGCCCAUUCUGCAAUUGCACACCAAGAAGAAAGAAGAGAGCAAGAGAGAGAGAGAGAGAGAGAGAGAGAGAGAGAGAGAGAGAGAGAGAGAGAGAGAGAGGUGGGAAGUGUGGUAGAAGCGAGGAAAUGAAACCUCAUGCAGUUUGUAUACCGUUCCCAGGACAGGGCCAUAUAAACCCCAUGCUCAAAUUAGCCAAGCUCCUCCACCAAAAAGGCUUCCACAUCACCUUCGUCAACACAGAGUUCAACCAUCGCCGUCUCCUUCAAUCCCGGGGCUCCGAUUCCCUAAACGGGCUGCCCACUUUCCGUUUCGAGACAAUCCCGGAUGGUCUCCCUCCUUCCGAUGCCGAUGCCACCCGGGACACCCCUUCCCUCUUCGUCGCCACCACGAAUUACUGUUUAGCUCCCUUCCGAGAGCUACUUCAUAAACUGAACGACGCCGCUUCGUCCGGAGGCGUUCCUCCGGUGACUUGCAUAGUCUCCGAUAGCAUUAUGAGUUUUACUCUUGAUGCAUCCAAAGAACUGGGGAUUCCUAACGCUCUGUUCUGGACUUCCAGUCCUUGUAGCUUUGUAGGCUUUAUAUAUUAUCGCUAUUUGAUGGAAAAGGAUAUUAUCCCUCUCAAAGAUGAGAGUUACUUGACGAAUGGAUAUUUGGAUAUGGUUCUUGAUUGGAUACCAGGACUAGAAGGAAUACGUUUGAAAAACAUGCCAAGCUUUCUUCAAACUACGAACCCAGACGAUAUCAUGUUCAAUUUCGCCUUGAGAGAAGUUGACAGAGCUCGAGGAGGUUCUGCAGUGAUCCUGAACACGUUCGAUGACUUAGAAAAGGAAAUUAUAAAAUCUCUUUCCACCCAUCUUCCACCAAUCUACACUCUUGGUCCUCUUCACCUUCUCCUCAAAAAUCAAAUCCAAAACAAAGCUUUAAACGGUAUCGCAUCCAAUCUGUGGAAAGAAGAAACAGAGUGCAUAGACUGGCUGAGCUCCAAACAACCCAGCUCAGUUGUCUAUGUCAAUUUCGGAAGUGUGACCGUGAUGACGGCUGAACAACUCAAUGAGUUCGCUUGGGGACUCGCAAAUAGCAAACAGAGUUUCCUGUGGAUCGUGAGGCCUGAUCUUGUAAUGGGAAACUCUGCUAUGCCUCCGGAAGAGUUUCUGAUUGAAACCAAGAACAGGGGUUUAUUGGCAAAUUGGUGUCCACAAGAACAGGUUCUGAGCCACCCUUCCCUUGGAGGAUUCUUGACGCAUAGUGGUUGGAAUUCAACCAUUGAAAGCAUAUCUUAUGGAGUUCCAAUGUUGACUUGGCCAUUCUUCGCUGAUCAGACAACAACAUCCUGGUUCUGUUCCACAAAGUGGAAUGUAGGAAUGGAGGUGGGUGGUAAUGCAAAGAGAGAUGAAAUUGAGAGAAUUGUUAGGGAAUUGAUGCUUGGAGAGAAGGGAAAAGAAAUGAGGAAGAAAGCCACGGAGUUGAAAAAGAUGGCAGAGGAAGCAACUGGGUCUCCUACUGGAUCUUCUCGUUUGAAUUUUGAGAAAGUGAUUAAUCAAGUGCUUCUCUCUCAAAAUAUAAAUUAGAGGGCUGAGACUUGAUAGUAAUAAGUUUGAUUAUUUUCAUUUUUACUUUUUGUAGCGUGUUUGAUUGUCUUUUUUAUUUUUUUCCGCUCCUAUUUUUCUCUCUGAUUUGUGUCUUUCUGUUGGUUGUAUUUUGUUUUAGUAAAGUUUCUUUCCAAUCAACAAAAUAGAGUGUGUGUAAAGUUUCAAUAUGUGAAAAAGACUGGUGUU